AUGGGGGAUGAUGAGGUGCUCAAAUGCCAGAACUGUCAGGUUCCACUCGAAAUUGACAGCUCAUUGAUAGACUUGAGCCUAGCACAGCGCAGCCUGCUGAUGAAUACUGCUACCGAGCCGAGCGUUCCCACAGGAAUCAUUCCUCCAGAUAGAUUGAGAAGACUAGGCUCUGUAAAAAAGGGUGGCAGCUUAAACUUACAGCCUUCUGUGUUGAACAGCCUUGACUCUUACGUCUUUUUAGGUGGUGAAUCAAGCACCCUACAGCAGACGCGUUGGGAUGGCGAAUCAGGAGAUGAGGCCGACGAUAGUGCCACAACGAAGACUCUAUCAUCUCGCGUUGGCACCUUAACCAAUAUUUUCAAUGUGCUCUCUUCAAAAAGUAACAUUGAUUACCCAGUCUGUCAAGAUUGUUGUGACUUACUCAUUCAGAAACUCAAAGGUGAGUAUGAAGAAGCGUUGAAGGAGCGCGACACUUACUCAGAAUUUUUGUACAGGCUAAAAAAACAACGAGAACUUGAAAGCUAUGCCACUUCCAAGCCCCAUAUGGUUUCAGAAUCUGGUGGUGUGGACACUAAAAAAGAGCAGGAAGAACUAUUAAAUGAGCUUAUAGAACUCGAAAAAACAGAAGCAGAGCUGGACUCGACAAUAGAAGAUUUGGAAAGUGAGCUACAAGCGAAAAAUGACCAAGAAAUAGCUGAAUUGGAGGUGAUGAACUCGCGUGAUUUAGAAAAGCUGGAAUUUAUGAGCGAGCUUCAAUCACUAAAAAAUCAGUACGAGUCUACACUGAAUAACCUUGAUAAGUUGCGCAAGACUAAUGUCUAUAAUGAGACUUUUCGGAUAUCUCAUGACGGGCCAUUUGGGACAAUAAAUGGAAUGCGUUUAGGCGGGUUAGAUGAUAAGCCGAUCCCUUGGCAAGAAAUAAAUGGUGCAUUAGGGCAGGUGAUACUAUUGCUUGCCACAAUUUGUGCGCGUCUAAAAUUCAAGCUUAAUGGUUAUGUUUUAAGGCCUAUGGGUUCUUUUUCGAAAAUUGAAAAGCUUGACCCAAAGGACCAAGAGUGGCACAGUUAUGACGCGUUUAGCGACGGAAGUUUUAAGCUGGGAAGGUUUUUCCAUAAAGAAACCAGUUUUGAUCGUGCGAUGGUGUCUAUUCUGGAAGUGAUAAGUCAGAUAACAUCGAGAUUGUCUAUGGAAAGAUCUUCCGACUCUGAAGAGAUAGAGCUUCCUUAUAACAUGCACGGUGAUAAAAUCAAUGGAAUGGCAGUCAAAUUAUGCGGUAAUAAGCCAGGGCUUGAAUGGACAACGGCGUGCAAGUUUGUUCUAACUAAUUGUAAGUGGUUAUUAGCAUUCUCGUCCAGUAUGAUCAAUGACUUUUAG